UCUUCCUCCCCCCCUCCCGCCUCCCCACGGCAGGCAGCGGCGGCCGCAGGUGACUCCGAGGCCGGCUUCUCUUCCUUCUCGGUAUUUGAUUAUCAUGUAUUACACUGAACAGUAAAGAACUGGAUAUCAGAAAGUAUUUGUUCUUGAAACGAUGGCAGCAAAAUCAUCACUCCUUAAAGUAAUCCUUCUAGGAGACGGAGGAGUUGGGAAGAGUUCAAUCAUGAACAGAUAUGUCACUAACAAGUUUGAUACCCAGCUGUUCCAUACAAUAGGUGUAGAGUUCUUAAAUAAAGACCUGGAAGUGGAUGGACACUUUGUCACAAUGCAGAUAUGGGACACUGCAGGUCAAGAACGUUUUAGGAGCUUGCGGACUCCUUUCUACAGAGGCUCUGACUGCUGUCUUCUCACUUUCAGCGUAGAUGACUCUCAAAGCUUCCAAAACCUGGGCAACUGGAAAAAGGAAUUUAUUUACUAUGCAGAUGUGAAAGAGCCUGAAACGUUUCCUUUCGUGAUAUUGGGCAACAAAGUUGAUAUAAGUGAGAGGCAAGUGUCUGCAGAAGAAGCUGAACUUUGGUGCAGGAACAACGGCAAUCAUCCUUACUUUGAAACCAGUGCGAAAGAUGCCACUAAUGUUGCAGCAGCUUUUGAGGAAGCUGUUCGAAGAGUUCUUGCCACUGACGAUAGGUCGGAUCACUUGAUUCAAACUGAUACAGUAAACCUUCACCGGAAGCCCAAGCCUAGUUCAUCAUGCUGUUGACUAGUUUUAUUUCUUGACCAUAUAGCAUUCUAACUUAACUUGGAGUAAUAAUAGAGCAAAUAUGAUUCAGUGGGUGCCACUCUAAUAUAUUAAAUUGUAAUAUUCUACUGCUUUAUGUGUUGGGCAGAAGAGAGCUUCUCUUCAAUAAGUGGUCUGUUGCUAAAUUAGUGGUGUCUGACAUCUGGGAAGGUACCAACUCAACAGUUCAUUUAAUUUAAAUGUGUCAUUUGAAAAUUAAUAAAUUAUCUACUAAAACUUGAAAGUUCUAGAAGCACUACUUGGGGGACUUGUUCUGGAAUUCAGAUGCAGAAUAGAAUUUUUAUACGUACAUAUAUAUAUAUUUUUAUGAGAUCACCAGUCUAUGUUUUGCUUCACUAAAACCCUUUUUCAUAAAGCAAUAAUAGUAGAGUCUUGGUCCAGUUCUUAAUCUUUAAUGUGAUUUUUUUUAAAAAAAGAUCUAAGCUAAUUUAAGAUGCUUAAGGGCUUUUGCUAUUUGCCUAGUGUCACUAAACUGCUUGUAGGUUUUAAGUUAGAAAAUAAAUCUGCAUACAUGGAA